AUGGGGGAUGCCAAGUCGACGCGGAGGCGGAGGUCGAGUAGUAUUCUGCAGAUCUACCAGGAGCCUCAGGAGCCUAUAGAUCAAUUGAGCGACCAGUCAGCUCUGCCGAACCUGAAUGCGAAUUGGGUCAACUCAAAAGGUGCUUGGACCAUUCAUAUCGUCCUCAUCGCGGGCCUAAAGAUUCUCUACGACGUGCUCCCCGGCGUCUCCCAGGAGACAUCAUGGACUCUAACCAACAUCUCGUACAUGUUCGGCUCGUAUCUCAUGUUCCAUUAUGUUCGUGGAACACCAUUUGAGUUCAACAGCGGGGCCUACGACAACCUGAAUAUGUGGGAACAAAUCGACGAUGGAGCGCAAUACACGCCGGCCAAGAAGUUCCUCCUCAGCGUGCCCAUUAUGCUCUUUCUCCUGAGUACCCACUAUACACACUACGACCUGACAUAUUUCACCAUCAAUUUCCUGGCUACUCUGGCCGUGGUAAUACCGAAACUGCCAUUUAGUCAUCGCAUGAGAGUGGGUCUGUUCUCAGGUGUCCCCGAAGAUGCAAAUUGA